GCCGGGGACACGGGUGUGUCAGCGCGCCCCUUGAGUGGGCGAGGGAGGGUAUGGGCGGUGUGCCUGUCCCUCGGGGAGCUCCUGCCAGGCCGAGCCAUGGCUACGCUGGUUUAUGAGUGUCCCUGCAUUGUGCCUGUCCCCGCGUGUCUCUGUUUUGCGUGAGACGGGGUGUUUCUCUCCCAGUGCGCUGAGCGUCCGUCCUCCCACGCGUCCUAUUUGCCUGUAGCCCUGGCCGAGUUGUACAUCUGCACCUUCCCAGUCUGAGCUGCAAGGUGGAUAUCGAUCUACCCUGCCUUCUGCUCCCCCCUGCCAGGAUUAAACUGUCCCAGGCAGGGUACCAGAACACGACAUUUCUUAGCCGAGGGAAGGAAGAUACUUGUCUCUGAUUUCUCAUGAGCUGUAUGUUACAAACUUAACAAUCAUCUGUUCCUGGUCAGAGACUUUGAGAAUCUUGGUCAUGUGUUUGAGAAACCACUGAAAAUGGCAAAAGAUAAACUAAGAUGUGAAUACAGUGAGAGAAGAAGAAGCUGCUAACCCUAAGAUAUUCAAGCAUGUAACUAUUUAAAAGGAACCUGAUUGAAUGUGCUGAAUUCCUUUUAAUAAGAUUUUUAGGAGUCUGUAACAUAGCAGCUGUCUGGAAACAAGCUUGGUUUCAAAAAAGACUAAGCUCCUCCCCAAAAGGCAGAGAACAAAUAACUGAUACUUCCUGCUUGUCUACAAAAAUAUCCCCAAAUGUUUGAGUCAACUGAAUUGCAGUCGAUAGGUCAGUGCCUACUUUUCCUUUCUGAUAGCUAAUAUUUGCUUUUUCUUCUUGAAACAGAGAAUUAAACUGGAAUCCAGACAUGAGGAAGGUUUUGUUGGUGGAACCUGUCAUUGUCAUAUACUGUUUUGCUUUUUUCUUGUCCCUCCCACUAGUACAACAGUAUAUUUAUCGAAGGCUGUGGGAAGAAGAAAACAAUACCACUUUCAUUGAUUACGGCAACACUACUUACUGUGAGCAAAAUCAAAGUAACCCAGCCUAUAUCAAACAAAAGGAAGUCCAACAAAAGGCCUCCCUUUUUUCUUUGCAAAUGGACUUAAGUGGGUCAGUUCCCAGCAUUAUAGUUGCCUUUAUAGUUGUAGCUAAUGGAGAUUGCUAUGGACGCAAAAGAGCUUUGGUUCUGCCUUCCCUGGGAGCUCUUAUGACAAAUGUUUUCUACAGUAUCUUGUCAUAUUUCUCCUGGACUCUCUCUCUAUUUUUUGCUCUUGCAUUCAUUAGUGGACUGUUUGGAAGCCUGACCACUUUCCUUGGAGGUGGGUUUGCCUUCGUAGCAGAUUUAUGUCAUGAUGAGAAGCAGAAAACUAAACGCAUAGCUGUAAUUGAUUUGAUUUUGGGACUUGUGUCUGGAUUAGCAGGACUGUCCUCUGGCUACUUCAUCAGAGGAGUAGGCUUUACAUGGACAUUUGCAAUUGCAUCUCUGCUUCAUGGUAUUAAUAUUUUCUAUAUUAUAUUUUGGCUGAAGGAGACUGUGGAUGUAUCUGAAUCCCAGCAACAUGCCUCAUUAUCUUGUAAAGACAGCUUUAAAGAAACGUUUUCUGGAGUGUACAUGCUUUUUAAAACUUCCUCUUGUAAAAAACGAACUUUAAUCACUGUGUUGCUUUUUGCAUUUAUGUCGUAUUUCUUUGCCAUGAUUGGUGGGACUUCCCUUUUUACAUUGUAUGAACUGGAUGCUCCUCUCUGCUGGAGCGAAGUCUACAUUGGAUAUGGAGCAGCUGCAUUCACUUCUGUCUCUCUGACCAGUUUUUUAGGAGUGUACUUGUUUUCUCAGUUUAUGAAAGACAUUUAUAUUGUUUUUAUUGGGAUAUUUUCUUACAUUGGAGGAAUAAUCAUGGCUGCCUUUGCCAAAACUACACUGCUUAUGUUUUUAGUGAGGGUGCCAUCUCUCCUGUGCUUUAUGCCUGUUCCUGUUCUGCGAUCUAUGUUGUCAAAAGUGGUUCUGGACAGUGAACAAGGUGCUGUGUUUGCUUGUAUUGCCUGCUUAGAAGCUGUGACUGGUAGCAUGGCAUUUGCAGUUUUUAAUAGUCUCUAUGCAGCCACUGUCAUCUGGUUUCCAGGCUUUAGUUUUCUUAUAGCAGCUGGUAUUUGUAUAAUUCCACUCAGCAUACUGAGUGGGCUUUUGUGCACCAGUUGGCAUGAAGAGGACUUGGCAUUACUUGUACAUGAAGAAAUAUCCAGUGCGGAGAGUGUUGAUGAUUAAACAAAGAAUUCACCUACCUUCACUUUCUAAUCUUCUGGCACAGACUGUUUGUACAUACAGGGAGGGUGAAGAGAGUGUGGUAGCUGUAGAUGCAAUCUGUAGCCCUGCCACGAUUCCUGCUAAACUGCUAAUAUUUCUAGCCUUCCUACUUAAUGUUUUAGUCCUUAUACUUAACUCUGCAAAAAUGGUGGGGGUGGAGAUUUUUUAACAGACUUAAAAUGUUAAGAGAAAAUAACUUAGAGUUGUAUUGUUUCUACUUCUUUCUCAGCUGAGAUUAGCAUUGAGACUAGUUUGCCAGACCCUCAGCAACAAACUAUCUGUUGUUCUGCUGAAGGGAGUAGUCUUAGAGUACGAACAAACAUAGGAUCCUCAAAAGUGAAGGGGGAGCAUGGUAAUACUGUUGCAUCUGCAUGGAUCUGUAGUAAUACAAGUGAGCUAAUCCCAGUUUUGACCACAGCUGAAACAGGUUUAAAGGUGGAGCAGUUUUGCUAUAAACAGGCCCAUGUAACUAUAACGUAACAGCUACUGCAAGGGGUCUGACAGCUGCCCUUUCCUUUUUUGCAGCCAUUGGACUCUGCCUUGACUGAAUAAAAUGCAGCUUGCAAUCAGACACAUGGAUGAAUUUUUGCAGGGACCAGACUGUAUACUUUUUCAGAUUGCACAAGGAUCAACUUUUGUUGCCAUUUCUCCAUAUAUUAUGGGGUAUGGUACAUACAGCUAUUGCAUCUCAAAUCAUUGUAGCCUGUUAAGUUCCUUCUCUCUCAGAAGAUGUUGAUUUUUUUUUUAAAUAACUGAGUUGUGGAGGUGAUCAAAUAUGAACCCACAUCUUUUUACAAUGUCCUUUUCCAAUGUACGUGCUGUAACUAUAAUUAACACUUAUAUAAUUAUGCACUUGUUCCUGUUUUCGUGCUAGGGAAACAGAGGCAGAAAGGUUCAAUGAUCUGCCCUAGCCCAAGAGUGAAUUAUCAUGAAAACCAGAAAAAGAAAUCAAUUCAUGCUCCCUGGCCUUGCACUUUAGCAUCUGUAUAUAUAAACAAAAACAGAAACUCACAUUACAUCCUGUACAGCACUGCAUGGAAAUGUAGCCAAUUGGAACACUUAGGAACUUCCUCCAGCCCUAUUGUAAUAGAUUAUUUAGCAGCUAAUAUUGUCUUAUUCUAUAAAAGCACCCUUUACUACUGUUUUUAUGAGAUGUUAGAGAAAUCAGAAUAAAAUACAAAGGGUGGCAUUAACUGGAACCUCUAUAUUAAAGGGAAAGUUGUAUUAGGAAAUCAACUGUGAAACAUGAACUGACUUAAAUGCACAAACUUUUGCUGCUAGAAAGGGGAUGUAACACAGAUACAUGCACCCUAGUCAAGUGACAUGCUUUUCCAUUUAGGUUCUCCUUGUGAAUAUAUUGCUGCCUCAAAAGGUUUUCAAAGAUUGUCUGCCAAAAAUAUCAACUGUUUCAAGCCUGGUAUUGUAAUCAUUAAAUCAGCAUUCAAUCUAGGUUAUUGUUUCCCAAACUGGGAUAUGAGGCAGAUGUCUAGAGCAGUGGUUCUCAACCUUUUUAUAGUCUAGGCACCACUCAUUAAGCUCAAGUCAUCCCUCAAAAGCUGCCAGCUCUUAGUUUUCACUCAUUUUCUGACUACAGAAAAAUAAUAAGAGUUCUUCUACUGCAUAGAACUCAGAAAGAUCACAACAGGUCAGAAUGUUUUAACACCAUUGGGCAUUUGUACA